GGCAGCAGCGCACGGCGGGCAGACCAGUGCCGGCCUCCCUGAGAGCACAGCCCCAUGCGCAGCCCCGGCUCCUCGCACCGUGGUCGCUGAGGCUGCCCCAUGUUCCGCUCGCGCCGUGCCGGGCUGGUGAGGCGGCUGUGGCGGCAACGCUGCGCGGCGGCCGGCCCCGAGGACGGCCCCGGCGCCCUCAAACCGGCGGCGCACGCCCUCUUCAAGAAGCUGAAGGACGAGGAGCUGGAGCUGCUGGUGCAGGCAGUGGAGAGCCGGGGAGCCUGGGAGUCCGGCUGCGUCUGGGCGCCGCGGGGGGAGCCACGGGGGGCCAAGCAGGCGCUGGCCCCCCAGGUCCUGCUCUGCCGCCUCUACCGCUGGCCCGACCUGCGCCAGCCCCACGAGCUCAAGCACCUCUGCUACUGCGCUGGGGGCCGGGGGGGCUGCGGGGACGCAGCCACGCUCUGCUGCAACCCCCACCACUUCAGCCGCCUGGCUGCUCCUGAGACCCCACCACCCCCCUACUCGAAGGUAUCCUGUGGUCCCUCGUGGCCGGACAAGCCCCAGCACCCCAGCACUCAGCUUCUGGAGUUCAGCUACAACGGUGGGGACUGGCGCGACACCAGCCUCUCACGGAGCACCAUUAAGGAUGGCUACUGGUGCAAACUGGCUUACUGGGAGCACCGGACACGCGUGGGCCGCCUCUAUGCUGUGCACGAGGCGUCGGUGAACGUCUUCUGCGAGCUGCCGCGGGGCAGCGGGUUCUGCCUGGGCCAGCUGCCGGCUGCCCACCGUAGCCGUGCCGUCCGGCGAGCGCGCGGCAAGAUUGGCCGGGGGCUGCUGCUCAGCCAGGAGCUGGGCGGCGUGUGGGCUUACAACCGCAGCGAGCACCCCAUCUUCGUCAGCUCGCCCACGCUGGGGCCCCCCGGUGCCCGUGGGCUCACUGUCCUCAAGGUGCUGCCCGGCUACUCGGCGAAGGUGUUCGACUACGAGCGGCGGGGGGCGGGGGGGGGUUGGCGGCUCCCCGGGGAGGGGCCCUGUGACCCCCACAGCGUCCGCAUCAGCUUUGCCAAGGGCUGGGGGCCCUGCUACUCCCGGCAGUUCAUUACCUCCUGCCCUUGCUGGCUGGAGGUCCUGCUGAACCAGCCACGCUGAGGGGCUGGGGCUGGGGCGGGGGGGGGGGGGAAAGCACCAGGGACACCCAGACAAAGCAAGUGCAAGGGGGGUGUGAGCUGGGGGACCCCUCUGCCACCCCCCAGCCUCUCCCAGGGCUGUGCUGUAGUGAGGCUGUCCUGGCCCAGAGGACCCUCUGUGGGAUGCUCUGCCCCAGCCCUGGGAGGGGGGCCGGUGCCCCCCGUGCCUGUCUCACCACCCUGCCAGCACCCACCAUUCCUGGCUAUGGGUUUCUUGCUGACACAGCGCACUAUUUAAUCUCUUUCUGUUUUUUUUUGUUUGUUUGUUUGUUUGUUUGUUUUAUUUUGUUUAUUUUAAUGGUUAAAUUUAUUUUAAUUUAUCUUAUUUUUGUAAAAAACAGAAAAGCACAAAGCAGGAGCCUCCCCGCAUCAGAGGCAGCCAGGGCCAGAGCUGGGGAGGGCAGCCAGGACGGGAUGUGCAGGAGCCCGGUGGGUCUGGGGGAGGCCG